UCUAGUGGCUUUGAAUCUUGAGAGUCUUUGAAACGCAGACCUGUUAAAACGUGCUCGUGCAGGAUUAAUAUUCAGGAAAUAUUAAGGAAAAGAGAAACAUAAAAUGGUAAGUUUAUUUUGCAAUUUCGUUAAUAAAGAGUCAAGAAAUGCACAAAUUAUAAUGGUAUAAUAUAAAAGUAUCAAUCUUAAGACUUUAACGAUUUCUUUUGUGUUUCAGAAUUUUUGUCCAAAUCAACGAGAUGGGAGAUGUUGCUUUUGCAACUUUCUAAAUUGCAUUCGUCCUUUUCUACACCCAGGAUUUAAUUAUUGGCCUGGAAUGCAAUUCAAUUAUCCCAAUCCCCAACAACCGAAUCAAAUGCCAAUUAUUAAUCAUGGUUAUAAUCAACCACGUCCUGACACUGGAAAUUACCAGAGAAAUGCACGACCUGAUAAUAAUAGUUUUGGAAACUACCAGAGGAAUUCACGACCUAAUAUUAAUUCCGGAAAUCACCAUCCGAAUACUCAACCUGAAAUUAAUUCUGGACAUCACCAAGUAAAUGCAAGACCUAUUAUUAAUUCCGGAAUUCACCAGUUGAAUCCACGACUUGUUAUUAAUUCUACAAACCACCAGCUGAAUGAAAGACCAGUUAUUAAUACCGCAACCACCAUCCAAGUACACAACAAUUGAAUACACAACCUGUUAUGAAUCCUGAAAAUCAUCUACCAAAUGCACAGCCAGUUGUAAAUAGACAAAAGGCAACGAGGUGGGAAUCAAUUCCAGUUGAGACAUACUCUCCAAUGGUUAACAAUUCUGUAAAAGGAAACCAGCAGUCGAAUGCUUAACCAGUUAUUAAUUCUGGAAACCAGCAGCUGAAUUCUAAACCAGUUAUUAAUUCUGGAAACCACCAGUCGAAUGCUCAACCAGUUCUUAAUUCUGGAAACCAUCAUCCCAGUACACGUCCAGUUAUUAAUUCCGGAAUUCAGCCGCCGAGUACACGUCCAGUUAUUAAUUCCGGAAUUCAGCCGCCGAAUGCUGGAUCUGUAAUUAAUUCAGGAAAUCAGUCACCAAAUGCUCAAUCUGUUACUAAUUCUGGAAAUCAGCCACCAAGUAUAUUAAAUACGCUACCUGUUAUUUAUUCCGGAAACCACCAGCUGAAUGAAGGACUUUGUUAUUAAUUCUGAAAAUCACCUACUGAAUGCACAGUUAGUUAAGAAUGCAGAAAUACAGGAAGAAGUAAAAAGGAAAAGUGGAUCUUCUCAUCAAAAGAUAAUUAGUCGUGAACCAAUUCCAUAUGAGCCAUCCUCUCUAAAGAUGAUUUGCAAGAAACAGACUAUAUUCCAACACUUAUUGACAAAAAGCGCGGAGCAGCAAGAAAAAUUGGUGAAAAAUUACUUUUACCACCUUCAUCUGACGAAUCAACUUCUUCUAGCUCAUCAUCUUCUUCUAGUCCAUCAUCUUCUUCGAGCUCCUCAGUAAACUCAACCGCAAAGCCAUCAUUGAAAUUAGAUGAUUUAACUCCACUUAAUUUGUCUACUUCAGACUGUAAUAAUCACUGAAAUCACCGUCAUCAAAUGAGCUUGCUUUAGCAAUAGCUUCAAUUUCAAAGCCAAAACCAAAAUCCAAGACGAUAAUAGUUAAUGAUGAAGAUUGCUGUUUUGCAAAAAAAAAAUUACUCAGGGCAUGAAAGUUCAAACAGGAACCAAAAGAAAAAGGUCUACGGAUGACAAA